AUGGAGCGCGACGCGCAUCGUGACAGCGGCUACGGCAUUAGCAGCAGCGCGUCUGCCACCGCGCAGCAUCGCCGCGCACUUACCGUUGACCGCGGCACCAUGACGACGGAGGUGCUGUACACUCCCACCUGGUCGUCGCUCCCCAGUUCGACAGCAACUGCAACAGCGGCGACGGCUCCGCCGGCAUGGUGCCAUGGCGCUGCUGCUGGCGGCGAUGACCCGAUCGGCACAAAUGCGCACAUAAAAGAGCUGCGGGAGAAAAUCCACAGCUUGGAAAGCAAGACGGCAGUGCAGAUGCAGAUCAUACGUGAGAAGGAGGCAAAUGAGCGGCUGCUGGAAGAACGCGCCGCACUCCAUGUGGAGGAGCGGCGCCACCUACACGCCCAGCUAGACAGAGCUGUAACGCCAGUGAAGUACAAUAGCGCCCCCGAUAGCAGUAAUAUUGUUCGCGCCGUGGCGGACACAGAGCUCAGCACCAUAUUAGAGGCUGUUAUUGACGUGCUGCGGCUCUUCGUGGAAUCCACUGAUCGCUUGCGCUUCCGCCUCUUUCAGAAGACCACCACAGCCGAGACAGCCGUGUUGCCUGUGGUUCCGUGUCGCGAAUACGGCAGCCCACACCUGAACGCCAUAUUCAGCCACCUCGGCGGCUUGCGCCACGUCGCAUCACUCAUUAACGAACUAGGGGAAAACAUAUCUUCCCCACCGCAGCAGCAGCAUGCUAACAGCACACCGAAAGCGGCAGCAAAGCGCCGCGAACUCCGCAUGGAGCCAUCAGCAUCAAAGCAAGAGCUACCCAACACCACACGAAGAACGACAUCAAAGAGAGAGGGGGACUCGACGUCAACCUCCCAUAACGUUCACCACAUCGGUGCAUGGCUUGCCGCCAGAAAGAAGCAUCUUGAGGUUCAGCUGCAGCAGGCCACUGGGUCGGCAAUCCGGCCGACCCCACCCAGGCAAUCCACGACAACCACUUACCAAGCAGGUGAGUCAUUAAUGGAUGCGGCCAAAGAGUUGCACAACAAAUCGUAUCGCUCUCCCAAGCAACACAACCCACUCUAG